AUGGCUACUAGUAUGAUCUCUUCACAAGAUAACCAAAAUGCCCUUAUUUACCCUUCUUCUAUGCAAAUGGUUUAUGCAGACCUUGGAUCUCUCUCUCUUGGUUCAAACUAUGGUGUUGUUUCAACCUCAAACAAAGAGAGUUAUGGUUGCAAGAGUUUUGUGAUGGAGGAUGAUAUGGAAGGAAAAGGCUCUUAUUGUAGUGAGGAAACAAACCCUAAUGAGAAUAAUGGAAGUGGGAAAGAGGAAGAUAAUGGACAGUCUAGUAAAUGUGCAAGAGGACAUUGGAGACCUGCUGAAGAUUCCAAGCUUAAGGAACUUGUUGCUCUUUAUGGUCCUCAGAACUGGAAUCUCAUUGCUGAAAAGUUAGAAGGAAGAUCAGGCAAGAGUUGCAGGCUAAGAUGGUUCAACCAACUGGAUCCAAGAAUAAACAGAAGAGCAUUCAAUGAAGAAGAGGAAGAGAGACUAAUGCAAGCACAUCGAAUUUACGGAAACAAAUGGGCCAUGAUAGCAAGACUAUUUCCAGGAAGAACAGAUAAUGCUGUGAAGAAUCACUGGCAUGUUAUAAUGGCAAGAAAGUACAGGGAACAAUCCAGUGCAUACAGGAGAAGAAGGUUAAUGAACCAAACUAGUGCUUACAGAAGAAUGGAUCAAAAUCCAAGCUUUGUCUGCAGGGACACCACAACAAUGGAGACAGAACCAUCACCACCUUAUUUUCUCAAUGGAGCCCCACUUGGGAAUAGUGUAUCCAUUUUUCCUUAUGCUGCUUCUUUCCAACAUGGUGCUCAUGGUGGUGGGGUUGAGUAUGGUUUUAAUGGUUUACCUCACAUGAGUGGUGAGAGAGAAGCUUUGCAAGGACCCCUACAUGUUGGUUUCUAUGCUCAUGCUCAACAAGCACCUUUUGAUUUCUUCUCUGGUAGUAGAAGCAAUGAAAUGGUGGAAGAAUCAUUGAAUCAGAUAAGAUAUUGGGAUGGGACUAAUAAUGAACAUCAACAGCAAAUAUCAAGUUUCCACCAUCAUUAUCCUCAACAACAAUAUCUCAUGUCAAUGCAACAACAACAACAACACCAACAACAAAACAAUCACAAUUUCAACCGUUUCUCAAAUUCCUUAGCAUCAUCAACACCUCAUAACAACACAGAAAACAGUGGAAAAGUUGUGAUUGAUGACACACAUGAAGCUGUUGAAACUCCUCAAUUUUUUGACUUCCUUGGAGUAGGUGCUACAUGA